CAAGCCAACGGCCUGAAUGUCUGCCCGUUUUGGCUAGUGCCUGUUGGAGACAGCCUUAGGAGUUGACAAACUAGGGGCUAGUUUGGAUCGGCACGCCGGCGGCCACGCCGCGCCACACCUGUGGCGCUGAAAACGAGCGCCACACUGGUGGCGUGGGAAGUGUGGCGGGCGGCGGCGGCUUAGGCGGCCAUCCAAACAUCCCCUAGACCUUAACCAAACAUUCCUCCCUUCUCGCUUGUGUGUAACACCCACUCCGUAUUUUUCACCAGCGCCACCACGGUAAAGUGCACGCUGUUCCUGCGGGACAUUACUACAAAACCAAUCCCCCGUCUUGCGAGGUCGCGAGUCUCUCCAACUCCGUCCCUCUGGCCUCAGCACAACGCCAGACCGCCUGCCUGUGCUUGCAGCCAGGCCGGCCAGCUGCCUGCCUGCCUGUUGUCGUCUGCGGCGCGACGGCGGCCGCCCGGUCGACCGCCCGCAUUGGGAUCCCCAGAGCAGCGCUUGGCAUAGGGGAAUGUCCCGGGUCAGCCACCGUCGCCUCUGCGCUGCGAAAGCCCCGCAUUUACUUGCCACCUAGAAGGGGGCACCCCUCGCGAGACCCAGCGCCAGACAGAGCCAGCAAUGGCUGCUGCUGCUGCUCCUCCUCCUCCUAUAUAGCGGGGCCCGUGCCGAGCGCUCGAUCCAGUUCUUCUGAUCUCUGACUUCUGAGCGAGGAGUGGACGAGUGGUGUGCCGUCGUCCGGUUCCCGUUGGUUUGGCGAUGAGGCGCGCUCGCGGUCGCCGCGGGCUGCUGCUUCUCCUCGGCGUGGCGCUCUCGGCGGCUGCGCUGCUCCGUGGCUGCGCGGGGCAGCAAGGGGAGGACGGCUCGGACGCCCCUGCGGCGGCGGCGGCGGAGACGGCCCCCAUGGAGGAGAAGGAGCGCAGGGCGCUGUACGCCGCCAUCGAGAGCUUCGUCGGCAAGGGGUGGAACGGCUCCGGGCUCUACCCAGACCCCUGCGGCUGGUCUCCCAUCCAGGGGGUGUCAUGUGAUCUCUUCAAUGGCCUGUGGUACCCAACAGUGAUGAGCAUUGGCCCAGUCCUUGACAACUCGCUGCAGUGCGGCCCCGACGCCAAGUUCAGCGCCCAGCUGUUCGACCUGAGGCGCCUCCGGACGCUGUCUUUCUACAGCUGCUUCCCGGCGAGCAACCCCACGGCCAUCCCGACCGGCAGCUGGGAGAAGCUGGCGGGGACGCUGGAGACGCUGGAGUUCCGCACCAACCCGGGCCUGAACGGCGCCAUCCCGGCGUCCCUCGGCCGCCUGGCCAGCCUGCAGUCGCUGGUGCUCGUGGAGAACAACCUGACGGGGCCCGUGCCCGCGGAGCUGGGCGCGCUGUCGAGGCUGAGACGGCUGGUGCUGUCCGGGAACGGGCUGUCGGGGCCGAUCCCGGUGACACUCGGUAACGACCGCCGCGCCGACGAGCUGCUGCUGAUCGUGGACCUGAGCAGGAACUAUCUAACCGGCUCUCUGCCUUCGUCGCUAGGUGGCCUCACGGGGCUCCUGAAGAUGGACCUGAGCAGCAACCUGCUGCAGGGCAGCAUCCCGCCGGAGCUCGCGGGGCUCAGGAGCCUCACGCUGCUGGACCUCAGGAACAACAGCCUCACCGGCGGGCUGCCCCAGUUCGUGCAGGGCAUGGCGUCGCUGCAGGACCUGCUGCUCUCGAACAACCCGCUGGGCGGCGGCCUGCCGCAGUCCGGCUGGGGGGCGCUGGCGGGCCUGGCCACGCUGGACCUGUCCAACGUCGGCCUCGUGGGCGCCAUACCGGGGUCCAUGGCGGCCCUGACGGGGCUCCGGUUCCUGGCGCUGGACCACAACCGCCUGACGGGGGCCGUGCCGCCCGAGCUCGCCCGGCUGCCCAGCAUCGGCGCGCUGUACCUGAACGGCAACAACCUGACGGGGACGCUGGAGUUCUCGGCCGGGUUCUACCAGCGCAUGGGGCGGCGGUUCGCGUCGUGGGACAACCCCGGGCUGUGCUACAACGUCGCGGCCGUGGACGCGGCCCACGCGCCGUCGGGCGUGGUGGUGUGCAAGGACCUGCAGGAGCCCAGCGUGGGCGGCGGCGCGCGGGACGGGGACGGGGACGGGGACGCGGAGGAGGACGGGACGAAGCCCGAGGCGGGCUCCAGCCUCGUGGCCUCCUCGUCGUCCGGCAUGCCGGUUGGCAGUGUCGGUGGGCUCCGGUACCUGGUGGUGGUUCGGGGAAUGGCGGCUGCGGUUCUUGGGUUGGUGUCCCUCCUACAAUAGCAAGCAAGCAGGUUCAGAAGAAGAACACGGAGAAACUUGAAGUAAUGCUAGGUAGGUUAGCACGAAGUAGUUUCUGCGCGUUCUCUGUGAUCUUUUGGCAUUUGUUUUUGGCUGCUGGUGGCUUACCAUCGUCAGAUGGUGACGGAGGAAGGAGGGAACAUGGAUCUGGAUGGUGUGAGCCACAGAUUACAUUACAGUAGUAGAGUAAACUAUGAGAGUUCUUGUGGACUGAAGGUGUGUAGUGGUGGAUAGGGUAGCUUCUCCGGGGUUCUUUUGUGUGUAAUUAGCCUGUGUCGCCCUGUGGUGUCAUGUUACAACAGCAAGUGGAAAUCUAAGCUGGUUCGUCCGUUGUUGGAGAAUCAGAAAAAAAAAAAUUGUCGUGCUUCAUUCA